UCCCCGGGAACGCCGGCGGCCGCGAGAGAAUGAACAGGCCCUCCUCGGACUUUCUCGUCUCGUUUUAACUUUUCAGCUGCUGCCCUGUUGGCAGAUCACCUGCCAGGCCUCCCUGGCCCUGAGCGGUGCACAGAUGGGGAUGGUACCCCAGGAAGCUCCUGAGUCAGCGCAGUGCCCGAGCCCUUCCCUGGCCAGCCCGAGUGCCAAGGAUGUGCUUCGGAGGAAGCACAAGAGGAAGAGCCGACAGCACCAGCGCUUCAUGGCCCGGAAGGCCUUGCUACAGGAGCAGGGGCUGCUGAGCCCACUCCCGGAGCCAGGACCCUCCCCUCUGCCUACGCUGCCCGGGGCCCCGCCAGGCGCAGAAGCCACCAGCAGUGCGAGACAGCGUCCGCGGGCUGAAUCUGGAGGUACUGGGUGCAGCAGAAAGCCAGCCCCCAGGGACUCUGCCGGCCCCUUGCCCAGCAAGUGCGUGGCCAUCGACUGCGAGAUGGUGGGCACGGGACCCCGAGGGCGGGUGAGCGAGCUGGCCCGCUGCUCUGUGGUGAGUUACCACGGCGAGGUCCUCUACGACAAGUACGUCCGGCCUGAGAUGCCCAUCGUGGACUACCGCACGCGCUGGAGCGGCAUCACCCGGCAGCACAUGCGCAAAGCCAUCCCCUUCCAGGUGGCCCAGAAAGAGAUCCUCAAGCUUCUGAAGGGCAAGGUGGUGGUGGGUCAUGCCCUGCACAACGAUUUCAAGGCCCUCAAGUACAUCCACCCUCGGGGCCAGACCCGGGAUACCACUUCCGUCCCCAGCCUCCUCAGCCAGCCAGGGCUCCACAUCCGGAAUCGUGUCUCUCUUAAGGACCUGGCCCUGCAGCUACUGCACAAGAAGAUCCAGGUGGGCCAGCACGGGCACUCGUCAGUAGAAGACGCCGUGACAGCCAUGGAGCUCUACCGGCUGGUGGAGGUGCAGUGGGAGCAGCAGGUGGCCAGCAGCCUCCGGGCCCCCCCGGAGGACAGAGAGCCCGACAGCAGCACGGACAUGGAGCAGUACAUGGAGGACCAGUACUGGCUGGAGGACCUGGCCCAGGGCGCCAGCGGAGACACGGGGGAGGCGCCGGGGGAGGCGCCGGGCAGACGGGAGUGAAGGAGGAGAAGCUCCCUUGGGGAGCUGGAACGGGAGAGCGCCUGGGGCAGGAUGCUUGGCUGCCCCCAGGGUCUGAAGAGUCGGGACCACCUGCCCACAGCACAGCCCUCCCUCCCCAACUCCUGUGGUUUUGCUAAUGGCACUUUAUAGACACCGUGAAAAUGGCAGGUGGGCUAGAACCCAGUAGAAGUAGGGAAUGCGCCAACAGAUGACAUCACUGGCCACCCCCACCUCAUGCUGUGCUCUCUAAAGGGAUGUGUCUCCCUCCUUGGUGGUGGGUGGAGGUGUCAAUAUUCCAGAGUUCUCUUAUCUCCACCCAGUGACCUGGGGCAAAGUUUUCAUCCUGUUGUCACCAGCUGCCUCUUCCUCCAGAGUCACUUUCAAGAGAAUAAAUAUGCCCUGAGGCUAUAGAGUUAAGGCCACUCCAAGGCCAUUUUGUCCCUUUCUGAACUGGAACUCUGGCAGCAGCGGGACAGCAGAGACCUCAGAUCACGGGGAGCUGGGUCCUCGCCUGCUUGCGGGCAGAAGUCCCCAGGUGCUCUGGGAGGAAGGAAGGCAGAUAAGCUCUGGGUGGAGACUGGCAUAUGUAUCUUGAUCCAAGUCAGGCAUUCCUCCUGCCCACUCAGCACUAGGCUUUCAAACAGAAGUCUGAGAAACAGUAGUACAGUUUAAAUUCUGGGACCCCUCUGCAGAAUUGCCCACUGGGAUCUUUAUUUAUUGAGAGCAAGAUCACAGGUCUCUAGGGGUGCAGAGGGCAGGUCUGCCAGGGUUAGACUGGGCAUUGACAGUUGUGUAGUUGUGCCCACACUUGGGUGGGUGCCCCCAGCCACUUGUGGUUGGGUGACUGGGUGGUUUUUCUCUAAGUUACUAAAAAUGUUCUCUGUCAGGAUUCAUCUCCCACCCCUCUGUCCUUUUCCCCUAAGGACCAGUUUUGUGGUAUUGGGGUACCCGAGAGCUCAAGUCACACAGAAAUUCUGAGCCCCAUCUUAGCUUGCCACUUAAUAGCUUUGAGACCUAGGUAAGUGUGUGACUUCACUCAAGUGUGAUCCCUCAUCUGUAAAAUGAGGAUAAGGGUCCCACCUACCUCACAGGGUUGUUAGGCUCUGUGAGAUGUGUUUUCUUUAAGGAUUAGUGUUAGGUUCUUCCAAGUAACACCUGAACACACCCUGGGGCCAUUUGAGAGCUUUGCCCCAAGAAAUGAAAUAUUUCCAGCCCUAUCAGUAAACAAAGGAAGUCACAGUCAUCAGCAAUUGCAGAUUGCAGUCCUUAAACAGUGAACUGGUGAACCCUGAGGAAACUGAAUACCUGCUGAAAAGAAUACCUGCUAUCUAGCAGUCAUCAGACUGGCCAUUCCCUACAGGUGAGCCCUAAGAAAACUCAGGAUGUGAAACACAGGAUACCGGCCCCAGAGAGCUGAGGCGCAAAUCAAAGGAAUGAUUUCAGCUUGAGCCCAGACUCUUGCAUCUUCUCAUACAUGGAAAAGCACUAAACUCCUUAACCUGAGAUUUCUGGUUUUCUUUAACAAGCAUCAUAUUUUGAUGUUCAGACCACUUGCCCUUUGUUUCAAAACUCCUGUAUAACCUGGCUCCACUCCUUGCCUGCUCAGAGCAGUUUCUCAGAGCUCUGGAAUGCUGUCUCCUGGGCUGCAGUCCUCAUUUUGCCCAAAUAAAACUUAACUCACCUCUCUCACAUUGUGCGUUUUUUUGCUCAGACAGGAUUUGUCCUUGUGGCUACUCCAGUAGGUGGGACGUGGGCCACCGAGGACAGCUCAGAGUCUGUGGGCCCUCUUCCUGUGCUGCAUGGAUUUUGUAUCAAGCUCAGCAAAGCAGCAGGGCCAGGGACGGAGAGACACUCCUGAAAACAUAACAGCAAACGUAGGGCCGCAGACUGUUCUGGGAGCUGGCUGAGUCACUGACCCGCUGCCUCCAGGACUUUGUUCUAGGUUCCUUAAAAGCCUAGCUGACGCCACACAGCUGAGCUGUUGCUUAGAGUCUUUGGACUUUGGGCUGAGGGAUGGAGCUGUUCGCAUGUGGAGAUGUACUGGGCUUAAAAUCAGCUUUGUAAAACCGUUCUGGAAUAAAACUCAACUGUAAAAGUG